GUUACUGCCGUAAUAGGUUUACUAGAGUUGAAAGGUGUUCAUUAUGUCAAUUAUGACCAGUAUGACAUAUUUACAACUUUGAGUAUUAGUUGUAAUUUAGUUGUAAUUAGGGUUGCAACCUGGGUUGUAAUUACUAAUGGCUGGCAACACUAUUGA